GUGCGUGUUAUGUGUGCGUGUCAGUAACAGUUUCUAUAAGUUUGAUUUUUUUUUAAAGGGGAUGUUACAAGAGAGAGAGAGCGAUGCUAUAAGAGAGAAAGAGAGAGAGAUAGAGAGAGACAGAGAGAAAGAGAAAAAGAGAGAGAGAGAAAAGAGAGCAAGAGUUUGAGUGCUGUGGUGAGAAAGGGGAGGGGGUGUAACUAUGUAAGAGAGUCGCUCUCGUAGAUUUUAGUUAGAGAGUGUAAACUUUCAGAUCUCUCUCUUUUCUUUCUCUUGUUCUCUUGGGGUAAGUGCAUGCAGUAUAGUGUGCUGGACAGUUUCGCUGGACUGGACUGGACGUGCUGGACGCUUAUUCUCCGCUGGUUUUCUCAAGCUCCUGUAAGAUGAUGGACCUGGACUACAUCCUCGACAUCUUCCCGCUUCUGUCAGCGCGCUCCCUCCUGCUGCUCUCGCUGGCCCUGCUGCUCGCCGCGCGCCUCGCGCGCCGCAGUCCGCCUCUGGCGCGCUCCAUCCCUGGCCCGUUCCCGUGGCCGGUAAUUGGCAACGCGGCUCAGCUCGGCUCCACACCGCACAUCUACUUCUCGCGCAUGGCGCAGCGCUACGGCGACGUGUUUCAGGUGUGGCUGGGCAGCCGGCGCGUGGUGGUGUUGAAUGGUGAAGCAAUCCGGGGCGCGCUCGUGCACAAGGCUGUGGACUUCGCGGGGCGCCCGGACUUCGCCUCUUUCCGCUUCGUGUCCGGCGGCCGAAGCAUGGCCUUCGGCGACUACGGGGAGAGCUGGAAGGCGCACCGCAAGCUCGCGCAAUCCACCACGCGUGCCUUCUCCGUGGGGGACAUGAACACGCGACGCGCCUUCGAGUCACACGUGCGCAACGAAGUUCAGGAGCUCAUCGGGCUGUUCCUGCGCGAGACGCAGCGCCUCGGCCAAUUCCGUCCGCACUACUACCUCGUCGUUUCCACGGCCAACAUCAUGAGCGCCGUGUGCUUCGGCAAGCGCUACGCCUACGACGACGCCGAGUUCAGGCAGGUGGUGGGGCGCAACGACAAGUUCAGCAAGACGGUUGGCGCGGGCAGCAUGGUGGACGUUAUGCCGUGGCUGCAGGACUUCCCCAACCCCAUCAAGACGCUCUUCCUGCAGUUCAAGGAGCUUAACCUCGAGUUCUUCGACUUUAUCCAAGCCAAAGUGACCGAGCAUCGCAAGACCAUGGAGGACAGCUUCGUCCGGGACAUGACGGACGCCUUCAUCAUUGCGCUGGAACGAGGAUCAGCCAGUCGAACCCUCAGCCAGGAUUACGUGUCAUCCACCAUCGGGGACAUCUUUGGAGCCAGCCAGGACACGCUGUCCACCGCGGUGCAGUGGAUUGUGCUCAUGCUUGUGAGGUAUCCAAACAUCCAGAAGAGGCUUCAGGAGGAAGUGGACAAAAAAGUGGACAGAAAUUGCCUGCCCACCAUUGAGGACCAGAAGCAUGUUCCCUACGUUAUGGCCUUUAUUUACGAAGUGAUGCGAUUCACCAGUUUUAUCCCUGUCACAAUUCCCCAUGCCACCACCACUGACACCUCCAUCAACGGGUACCCCAUUCCCAAAGGCACUGUGAUCUUCAUCAACCAGUGGUCCCUAAACCACGAUCCCAGCAACUGGGAUGAGCCAGAGGUCUUCAACCCACAGCGCUUCCUGGAUGAAAACGGGGAGCUAAAUAAAGACCUAACCAGCAAUGUGCUGGUCUUCUCUUUGGGAAAACGGAGGUGUAUCGGAGAGGAACUCUCCAAAAUGCAGCUAUUCCUCUUCACCACGCUUUUGGUACAUCAGUGUAACUUCACGGCGGAGAAGACACCCCCUCUGGACGGCCAAUAUGGGCUGACUCUAAAGCCCAACCCAUACAAUAUAUCUGUCACUCUGCGUGAUGGAGUAGAGCUUCAAUGUGUACAGAACAACAACGAUAAGACUGCACAUGAUGAUUUGAAAUAAAAAGAAAAUAUAAAAAUAACUUUAAAAGAAACACUUUUAAUUAUGCAAAAUGAAGGUAGUGAAAGUACAAUGGACACUGAAGCAAAUCUUAUAGCUUGCACCUGUGCAAUCAGGUCAAACCUACUGUACAAGAAUGUAUUAAUAUAUUUAUGUACUGACUAUACUCAGGCACAUCAUUCUGAUUCACAGCUGAUUUAUGCUGCUUAACCAUCAAACACACCAAUAAGACAAUGAUUCAGUUCUCGUUUUGGGAACAUAGAACUGCACUGAGACAUUAUUUCUAAAUGUUUUCUAUUUAGCUCUGUUAAACUAAACAGAGACACAAUAUGCUACUGCUUUCUGCACUGAGAGCCCACUUUUAUUUUUUAUUCUUCCUUUUUCUAAGCUCAAAAGAUCAUUUACAGUUUCAACCAACCAGAGCAUAGCUAUAUAUGUAUAAUUCACUUUACCAUUUAGUAUCCAUUUCUCUUUCCAUAUCUUUAUAUCUUUUCUGUCAUACACAAAAAAAUCACAUUUUGACAAACUUUUAUUCUUUGUCCUUAAAAUUGUUUUAAUAUUUUACAACUAAAAGAUUAAUAGACGUGGUCCAGAAUGACAUCUGCGGGGCCAUAGUUUUGAAAAUGAAAGUUUUUUGUAGGACAGCAGCAAUAUAUUAUAUAUAUAUAUUAUUUAUUUAAUAAUUUGUUGUAGUGUCAGUAUUGUUACCAAUUAGCCAUGUUUUAAUGGUUGUUUUAUAGAUGUUAUAGAUGCUAUUCCACAGGGCUCCACAAUAGCCACAUCGCAGGUGCAAUGUCGUAUAAGGCAAGGUAAAUCUUACCUGUUAUGUUAUAAAUUACUUGAUACAAAAAAGAAAAUUUCCACAAUUCUCAUUUUGCAAUAUGUACAUAUCACCCAGAGGCAGAUUAUUUUAUUUUUCAGAAAAAGCACUAAGGCCAGUUUAUACGUCUCCAAAAAUAAAUAUGCAUCAUGGCACUGUCAUGAUGACUGCGGCAGCUGUAAUUGGUCUGCUGAGCUUAUGCGUUCCUGCAUUUGCAGUUUAGCUGACACACUAAUGCACAAAUAUAAACACUCACGACAGUGUAGGCCAUUUGCAAAGGCUAUGCUGUAGACUCCGCAUUGAUUGGCAGAAAUGUAAUCCAGCCUUUAUUAAUAUCAUAACAUGUUUGAAACCAUUGACCUCUGGUGAAAUCUGAUGAAAAUUUUUAAAUUAUGCAGUAUUUUCAAAUAUCAAUUUUAGGAUAUGACAGAACAACACAAUAUAGUAUGAUAUUAGAUUUUUACAUCUACUUUGCUCACCUACUGUAGACAGUUUUCAUAACUGCAUUCACUCAGCAGCCACAUGCUGUCUCCCUGAGAGUCAGUAAGACCUGAAAACAUGUUUAGGGUUUCACAUCUCAUUACAGACACAGUUCUUUAAGGAAGCAGUAGUAGUUUUCUGAAAUUCCUCAAAGACUCGUCUGUGGCACCUGUUUGUGUACAUUUAUAUAACUGUAUAAAG